CUCAGAAGUGCCGCCUUGGAACAGGAAGAAGACGAAGACUUCGAAAACAGGUGGAGCCUAAUCCAACAUCCCGACCAACAGACUGUUGCAAAACCCAGUGUUGCUCCCACCAAACCAUUUCACAGCGGUUUCUUAGAUUGCAACAUUCAAGCGCUGCAAGACUUUGUUUCGAACAGAUGUGGAGAAAAUGGUCUCGGCCACGACAACAAUGUUUACAUGGACUGGCUUGCAGAUGAUGCUUUUGGCGUAAUCGAUGCACGUACAGCUCAACACAACACAAUCUUGUUCUGUGCGCGGGAAAACGUGGAUGCUAUCCAAGAAGCAGAGGUUCGUCUGGCUUGGAACAAAGGUUCGUUCUCAAGCGAUGAGCUUCUGUUGAGGUUCAUCAAGAAUGCUCGAGAUAUGGAUGACCGGGAAACUAUGUUCCUGGUUGAGAACUUGGCAAACAAUAAAGAUGGUGCAACAGAGACUAAUGUGUCUGGUAUCGGACUUGAUGGAGCAAAGCAGAUGAUUAGUGAUUGGAUAGACCUCGAGCAACAGGGAGGAAGGCCAAGA